AUGGCUGGAGGCGUUGAUAAAGCUACAACAGUGAAGGAUGUUUUUAUUGUUCUACAAACUCAAGAAGCUCGAUUACAGGCCUUAGAGGAUAAGGUUAAGAAUCUGUACACUGAAGUUGGUUCUCCUUCUACAGAUAUGGCUUCUGUCAAAGAAUCCUUAGCUACUAUUGUUCUCUUCUGUCAACAACAGGGUGGUAACAUCGUUCUUCUGGCAGCUUCAUCAGUUGGUGCAUCUCACUCUCAGGAUAAUGAAUUGAUGUUCAAAUCCGGUAAAUUCUCUAAACACCCUAAGAUUUAUUUUCCAAGAUUCUAUGGUACUAAUCCUAGAGGUUGGAUUCGUAAAUGUGAAAGGUAUUUUCAACUUAAUUCAGUAGGUGAUGUUCAUAAAGUAGAUCUGGCUUCCAUUCAUUUUGAUGGUAAAGCAGAUUCAUGGUUUCUAGAUUAUCAGGAGGGUAAAAUUCUUAUCGAUUGGCUUCAAUUUUCUUCUGAUAUUUGUUGUCGCUUUGAAGAUGUUGCUUAUGAUAAUUAUGUGAGUAGCUUUAAUAAAUUGUCUCAGCUCACCACAGUUGAAGAAUAUUAUGAACGUUAUGAGUCAUUAAAAUAUUUAAUGAAGGAUCGCAAUCCAUCCCUUUCUGAUGCUUAUUUUACGAUGAGUUUCAUUAGUGGUCUCAAGGAGGAAAUUCGUAAUCAAGUGCAGAUGUUUAAACCCAAUUCAGACACUGAUGCCUUCUAUCUUGCUAGAAUGCAACAAGCUUCUGUAGAUUUUCAGAACAAACGUUUUCGAAAUUUUCCUAAACCAUUUCAACCUUCACCCACUACAUUUUCUCCUAUACCAUCACCUUCUAAGACAUCUCUGCCUCAACUUACUAAUAUUCCAAAGUCAUCUUUCUCUAAUACAAAACCAUUUGAAGCUUCAUCUCCUUCUUCUGUAGAGGAACUUGAAGAAGAUACCACUGCUCCUUCUUCACCUAUUGAAUCUUCUAUGGAGAUAUCACUUCAUGCUGUGACAGGACUUGUCACUCAAAACACCAUAAGGGUAACUGGUAUUCUACACUCUGAAGAUAUUUUGGUCUUAAUAGACACUGGUAGUACUCAUAGCUUUGUUGAUUCACAACUAGCUGAAAAGUUGCAGUUACCCAUUAUACCCACGGGCCAUAUGUUAGUCACUGUUGCUAAUGGUGAUACUACAAUAAGUAAGGGUCUGUGUUCUGAGCUGGUUUGGAGUAUGCAGGGUUAUCAGUUCUGUGGUGAUUUGAGAGUUCUCCCACUAGGAGGUUGUCACAUGGUAUUGGGAGUUGAUUGGUUGAAACAAUUGGGUGAUGCGAUGUUUAAUCUGGCUGAUCUCAAGGUUUCUUUUCUCCACCAAGGGAAACAAAUAACUCUUCAAGGUACUUCUUCCAUUCCAUCUUGCAAUUUGAUCAGUGGUAGUUCCUUUAUGAAAUUUUUGAAAGCCAAUACCCCUACUAUUAUUGGCCAAUUUUUUUCCAUAUCCACUAUGCCCUUAGAACUAAUUCCUCCUGAGAUCAAUACACUUUUAGAUUCCUUUUCAGAUGUAUUUACUAAGCCAACAUCAUUACCUCCUCCAAGGGCAUUGGACCAUAAGAUACCUUUGAAACCAAAUUCAACUCAUAUUUCUCAGAGACCAUAUAGAUGUCCUUAUUCAAAAAGAAGUAGUGGAAAAGUUGACUAUAGGAAGCUGAAUGAUAUCACAAUUAAAUACAAGUUUCCUAUUCCUUUAACUGAAGAGUUGCUAGAUGAAUUGGAUGGAGCAAUCAUUUUUACAAAGAUUGAUCUGACUUCUGGUUAUCAUCAAAUCAGGAUGGAUUUAUCUGACAUUUUUAAAACUGCUUUUAGAACACAUCAGGGUCAUUAUAAGUUUAGAGUGAUGCCAUUUGGCCUUACAAACGUACCAGCUACAUUUCAGUCUCUCAUGAAUACCAUCUUUAAACCUUACUUAAGGAAGUUCAUCUUAGUCUUUCUUGAUGACAUUUUGGUUUAUAGUGAGUCUGUGGAAGAACAUGUCCUACACUUGUCACAAACUUUGUCCCUCUUGAGAGCACAUUCCUUAUUUGCCAACAAGAAAAAAUGUUGUUUUGCUCAACUUCAGCUGGAUUAUUUGGGCCAUCUUAUUACUUCACAAGGAUUUGCUGUUGACCCUGAUAAAAUUGUUGCCAUGCAAACUUGGCCACAACCAGUUAACUUGAAGCAGUUGAGGGUUUUUUUGGGUUUGACUGGUUAUUAUAGAAGAUUUGUCAAAGGUUAUGGAGUUCUCAGCAAGCCACUUACAGAUAUGUUGAAGAAAUAUUAUUUUGUAUGGUCUCCUUUAGCCUUGCAAGCAUUUUCUACUUUGAAACAGGCAAUGAUUUCUGCUCCAGUUAUAGAUCUUCCAAAUUUUUCUCAACCAUUUACACUGGAAACAGAUGCUUGCUCUACAGGGGUUGGGGAAGUAUUGAUGCAAAAUGGAAGACCCAUUGCUUUUUACAGCAAAGCUUUAGGUCCCAAAGCGUUAGCUUUAUCCACUUAUGAGAAAGAGCUCUUGGCCAUUGUCGUGGCAGUAAAAAACUGGAGGCAUCAUCUUUCUCAUAGUCAAUUCAUUAUUCAUACAGAUCAUCAAAGCUUGAAGUAUCUCAUGGAACAAAGGAUUACUACUGUCUUGCAACAUAAAUGUAUCAUGAAAUUGAUGGGCCUAGAUUAUGUUAUCAAGUACAAAAAGGGCAUGGAAAAUAAAGCGGCAGAUGCCUUAUCUAGGCUUCCUCAUGAUGCUUCUACAUGUCAAGUUAUGGCAGUUUCUCAGCAACAAUGGCACCAGGAUAUUAUUGCAAGUUACACUGAGGACUCUCAUGCUCAACAAUUGAUUUCUGAGCUCCUCAUCCCUCCUACUAACAAGUUGUACUCAUUCACAGAUGGCAUUCUUAGUUUCAAGUCUAGACUUUAUGUUGGCUCUCACAUGAAAAUAAGGCAAACCAUCAUUCACUCUGUGCAUACCUCAGUUGUAGGAGGAAAUUCUGGGAUGAUGGGCACUUACAAUAGAGAAAAAUCUUAUUUCUACUGGCCUCAUAUGAAGGAAGAGAUAUUCACAUUUUUUGCUGUCUGUGUUGUUUUCCAAUGCAACAAACCUGAUCAUUCUUCUCUUGCUGGACUAUUGCAACCUCUUCCAAUUCCAGAGAGAGCAUGA